AUGGAGGAACAGUGGCACGAGAUGAUUGAGCACAUGCGCGUGCUUACACAGACCAUGGCGCAAGCGCCACAACUUAACCACGCUGUGCAUGAGUCUCAGCAGGGACCACAAGGACCAACGCGAUCUACCGGUCGACCACGCGGGCCACCACCACCGACCUUCUCGGGUGCAACGGGCGAACGAGCUGACGACUUCCUGUUCUGCUUGGAAACCUUCGUCAGGUACCAUCGCAUCGACGACGACGACCAGCGCCUGCUACUUGCCAUCUCCUGCCUGCAAGGGCACGCCCUCACCUGGUACCGCAGCCUCGAUCCAGCUCCGACGAACAUGCAUGAGCUUCAGGAGCAACUCCGCGCGAGUUUCAAGACCAUCGAUGAGCAACGCCAACUGCGGGACCAACUUCGUCGACUGCGCCAAGACGGCAACGUGCAGGACUACGUCUUCAAGUUCCGACAGCUGAUGGUGCAGAUCGACGACAUGUCACGCCUGGACCGCAUUGAAGCUUUCAUCCACGGACUGCGGCCGCGCACCCGCCAGGAAGUCUCCUUCCACGGACCCGACACUCUGGAGCAGGCCUACCAACUGGCCUCACGCUACGAUCGCAACUACACCACGGCCAACUCGUCCUACCGCCGUGGAGCGCCCCCGACGCAGCCACCUAAGUUCGACGACCGCGCCAUGGACAUCGACGCCAUCCGUGCCCAGCGCCCCCUCCGCCGACUGACUGACCAAGAGCGCGACGAGCUUCGGCGCCGUGGCGCCUGCUUCCGUUGCCGACGCGAAGGCCACCUCGCCGCCGACUGUCCGCUGAACGCCAGCGACCACACCGCCGACCAAGAUGAGACCCACAAGACCCAAGGACCCCAGGACACCACCGACCAAGAUGAGACCCCCAAGACCCAAGGACCCCAAGACACCAAGACCCAAGAGACCCAAGAGACCGCCGACCAAGAUGAGACCCCCAAGACCCAAGGACCCCAGGACACCACCGACCAAGAUGAGACCCCCAAGACCCAAGGACACCAAGACACCAAGACCCAAGAGGCCCAGGACACCGACCUCAGCGACCAACCACCCUCCACGGACAACGCGACCAUCAACCUCGUGAGCGCCAGGCGGAUAGCCAAGGACCUGCGAGGGUCAGGAGUCGACGCAGCCUUCGUCCUUGUGCUCUCCAUGGACACCACACCGUCACCCAGUGAGGACCCACGCACCAACGCCCUAUUGGAGGAGUUCGCCGACGUGUUCCCCGAAGAGCUUCCAGGACUGCCGCCCCGCCGCGAUAUCGACCAUGCCAUCGACCUCAAGCCCGGAGCCACGCCCCCCUCCAAGGCACCCUACCGCCUGUCAACGGACGAACUGAAGGAACUACGCACCCAACUCGACGAACUCCUCGCCAAAGGCCUCAUUGAGGCCAGCACAAGUCCUUACGGCGCCCCCAUCCUCUUCGUCAAGAAGAAGGAUGGGACCCGAAGGAUGUGCAUCGACUACCGACAGCUGAAUGCCCAGACAGUCAAGGACUCGUACCCUCUUCCCCUCAUUGAUGACAUCAUCGACAGCCUCUGCGACGCCCGGGAUCUUCUCAACUCUCGACCUGCGCUCCGGUUAUCAUCAGUGCGCAUUCGCGCCGGGGACGAGGACAAGACGACCUUUCGCACUCGCUACGGCACCUUCCGAUUUCUGGUGCUGCCCUUUGGCUUGACCAACGCACCCCCGACCUUCCAACGCCUCGUCAACAACGUCUUCAAGCAGGAAAUGGACAAGUUCAUGGCACCCUACAUCGACGACCUCGUCAUCUACUCCAAGAAUGAGAAAGAGCAUGAGCAGCACCUCCGUCAGCGCCAGCCAUUUGAGGUGGCAACCGACGCAUCAGACCGAGCGAUAGGCGCCGUCCUACUCCAAGAUGGGCAGCCAGUCGCGUACGAGUCCCGGAAACUCCAGCCCGCGGAGCUCAACUACCCAGUGCGGGACAAGGAGGCCCUCGCCUUGAUCUACGCGCUGACCAAGUGGCGCGUGUACCUCCUCGACAAACGGACCACGAUCCUCACCGACCACCGCUCACUGACGAACAUCACCACCCAGAAGACAUUGAACGGCAGAUGGGCGCGAUGGAUAGAGCUCCUGAACGACUACGACCUCGACAUCCGUUACAUCAAGGGCAAGACCAACGUAGCUGCCGACGCCGUUAGCAGAAUCCCUGACUCAGACGCACAGGAGAUCACAUGCGCCGCCAUCUCUACCGCGACGCCGGCGGACCUUGUCAAACGCAUCAGCAACGACAUCGCGGAGGACGAGGAAUUCGGCCCGAUCUACAAGGCGCUGAAGAACCCCGACCAGACACCACCGCCUGCCGUGGCGGCGAAGCUCAGCCGUUUCGGGCUCAAUGACGAAGACCUGCUGAUCUACCAGGAGCACCCGGAGCACCCGGAGGACAUACCUCUGCGCUGGUGCAUACCAGAGACGGCACGCGUGCCGCUUCUGGCUGAGUUCCACGACACUCCGACAGCAGGCCACCAAGGAAUUCACCGUACCCACGAGGCGCUAGCGCGCCACUUCUACUGGCCCCGGAUGCGGCAGGACGUGGAGCGCUAUGUGCGGAGCUGCAAAUCCUGCCAGCGCCACAAGCCGAGACAGGGCGCUGCCCCUGGUCCCCUGCAGCCCCUACCCGUUCCCCGAGAACCCUGGACCGAUAUCAGCCUCGACCUCGUCACCGGACUACCCAGGACCAGGACAGGACAGGACGCCAUCGUGGUCUUCGUCGACAGGCUGACUAAACGGUGUCACCUGGCGGCGACUACUAGCAAGUGCACGGGCCGAGACGUGGCUAAGCUGUUCAUCUUCCACGUGUUCCGACACCAUGGACUUCCUGCCAGAGUUGUGUCUGAUCGAGAUCCCCGUUUCACCGGCGCCUUCUGGAAGGAGACCUUCCGCUUGCUGGGGUCCCGACUUCAAUUCUCCACAUCGCAGCACCCGCAGACCGACGGCCAAACAGAAAGGACGAACCGCACCAUGGAGCAGACCCUCCGCCACUACGUCAACUACCGCAUGGACAACUGGGACUCACUCCUCCCCGUGGUAGAGUUCGCCCUUAACAACAGCAAGAGCGACUCCACGGGCCAGUCUCCGUUCUUCCUAGAGACGGGCCGACACCCGAUUAUCCCAGCUACACUCGUCACCCGCCAGGCCAUACGCCGCACGGACACACCUGCAGCCGAGGACUUCGUGGUGCGCCUCAAGAGCAUCAUCACCGCCGCAAGAGACGCCCUCGCCCAGGCACAGGACAAGCAGAAGAGGUACGCCGACCAGCGCCGCAGCGACGACAUCAAAUAUAGUCCCGGCGAUCAGGCAUGGGUCACCGCUGACCUCUUCGUCGACCAGGCCAACCAGCGACGACCCAAGGACAAGCUGAAGCCCCGCUGGCAAGGCCCCUUCACUGUCAUCGACAUGCCGUCGCGCACGACCGUGCGACUCCGGUUCCCCAGCCACGUGCGGGCGCACCCGGUCGUCAACGUCACCAAGACCAAGCCGUGUGUCAACAGCCCGUCAGACUUCAACACGCGCCCCAAUGACGAACCACCACCCCUGCCGGACGGCGAAUCGGACGAAUACGAGGUGGAACGCAUCCUCGACGAGCGAGUCCGACGCGGCAAGAGGCAGUACCUGAUCAAGUGGGCCGGCUACGACAUCAACGACAGCACUUGGAUCAACGAGGACCAGCUCACACGCGACGUGCGUUCACUGAUCAUGGAGUGGCAUCAGGCCUCGCGCAACGCAUCGGCUUGA